AUAAAAACUGGUGAAAGAUUUUCAAACGUCCAACAUCUCACCCAGUUUAUUCAUCCCCUUCCAUUUUCAUUCAAUCCCAAUUGAUACCUCAUCGACGACGUGUACGCGUACUGUACAUUCAUAGGUGAAAAAUUCUUCACUUAUUUGUUGUACAAUAUAUCAUCAAUUUAUCCUCUGUAUCUUACCUAGCCUCGGGCCUAUCAACAUCCGUCGUCUAAUAAUCUUACUCGUCGACUUGAUCUCAAGAACGAGUGGGAACCAAUUGAAAAUCGAUCAACCCCUCAGACACACAACACAGUAGGUAUUUUUAUAUAUUUUUGGUCUUUAUCCAAUUGAUUGAUCGCAAAUUCGCUUGAAAACAUGAGAUGGAGGGGUGGUCAACUUUAUCACAAUCUUUGUAUGAUUUGUACGGCAUCAGAGGUCAUUCGUACAUUGUACAGCCAUAUUGAUGUGUGGUAUGGUCACGCUAAUGCGGUUGUGGGGAAAGCUCUUAUAGUUCCUACGUUCCCAUAAAUUUCGUCAGAGGAGCUCCGAGCUUCUUUCCUUGAUCAUCAAUCAACCAACUUGCAACAACCAAGAAGAUUCUCAGAACACGAACACAGGAUAAUAUCCAACAAUUGUUAUUUUGCUGUGGUAUUACUUUACAUAUAACGUUCUGCCCCUCCACAAGAUACUUUUUUGGAUCUUCAACCAACUUUGAUUCUUUUACUCCUUUCCAUCUGCAAUCUGCAAAUCUGCAAAUCUGCAGUCUCCCAUCCAACACCCCACUUUAACAACUCUGCUUCAAAUAGCGACACCUGUCGCAACCUGAGUCAAAAUGUCGGGAAAAACAAACCGAGAUGUCAAGAACCACUUUCUCUUUGAGAUAGCCACCGAGGUUGCAAAUCGAGGUAAGCCACAAGCUUCAUUCCUCACAACAUUCGGAAUCAUUACUGACCUUUUACCUUUCUUCAGUUGGUGGUAUCUACUCUGUCAUCAAAUCGAAAGCUCCAGUAACGACAGCCGAAUAUGGAGACAGAUAUACCCUCAUCGGUCCCCUCAAUAGGCAAUCGGUUAGUUUCGCUACUAGACAUUGACCAUGAGUAUGGCUAAUACUUUAUAGGCCGCCGUGGAAGUCGAAGCAUUGACGCCUACAAAUCCCCAUCUCGCAGCAACGAUAGAGGCUAUGGAAGAAAGAGGAAUUCAAAUGUUAUAUGGCCGCUGGUUGAUCGAGGGUGCCCCAAGAGUUUUGUUAAUCGACACCAAGAGUGCCUACAGAUUCUUGGACGAAUGGAAAGCCGACUUGUGGAAUACUGCAGGUAUUCCAUCUCCUCCGGGAGAUGAUGAAACCAAUGAAGCAGUCGUCUUCGGUUAUUUGGUUGCAUGGUUUUUGGGAGAGGUUAGUACAUAUGCAUUGCAUGAUCUCUUGCGUAAUGUGUUCCAAAGCUAACGAUUCAAUAGUUCGUUGCCCACGAAAAAGAAAAGGCUGUCAUCGCGCAUUUCCAUGAAUGGCUCUCUGGUGUCGCACUUCCUCUUUGCAAAAGGCGUCGUAUAGAUGUUACUACAAUUUUUACCACCCACGCCACUUUACUGGGAAGAUAUCUUUGCGCAGGAUCCGUCGAUUUCUACAACAAUUUGCAAUGGUUUGAUGUUGAUGCCGAGGCAGGAAAACGUGGUAUUUACCACAGAUAUUGCAUAGAACGUGCAGCAACACAUUCUUGUGAUGUUUUCACAACCGUCUCACACAUCACUGCUUACGAAUCCGAGCAUUUGUUAAAGAGAAAGCCGGAUGGUGUUCUCCCCAACGGUCUUAACGUCACCAAAUUCUCAGCAAUGCACGAAUUUCAGAACUUGCAUCAGCAGGCAAAGGAAAAGAUUCAUGAUUUCGUUAGAGGUCACUUCUAUGGGCACAAUGACUUCGAUCCAGAAAACACUUUGUAUUUCUUCACGGCAGGACGAUACGAGUAUAGGAAUAAGGGUGUGGACAUGUUCAUAGAGUCGCUGGCUCGUUUGAAUCACCGCCUCAAGUCUGCGGGAUCCAAAAUGACUGUUGUGGCUUUUAUCAUUAUGCCUGCACAAACUCAGUCAUUGACUGUGGAGGCUUUGAAGGGACAGGCUGUCAUCAAGUCAUUACGUGACACAGUCGAUGUUAUUGAACGUGGUGUUGGAAAGAGGAUUUUCGAGCGUGCCCUUAAAUGGCAUGAGGGUGAGGUCAUGCCUGAUGAUAAAGACUUGAUCACCAGUCAAGAUCGUAUCCUUCUCCGUAGGCGAUUGUUUGCCAUGAAGAGACAUGGCCUUCCACCAAUUGUCACCCAUAACAUGGCAAACGACUCCGAGGACCCAAUUUUGAACCAGAUCAGAAGAGUUCAAUUGUUCAAUCACCCUUCCGACCGUGUGAAGGUUGUUUUCCACCCAGAGUUUCUGAACUCUGCAAACCCAGUUUUGCCAAUGGACUACGAUGAAUUCGUUAGAGGUACUCAUUUGGGUGUUUUCUCAUCCUAUUAUGAACCAUGGGGUUACACACCUGCGGAAUGUACGGUCAUGGGUGUUCCAAGUAUCACAACUAAUUUGUCAGGUUUCGGUUGUUACAUGGAGGAGUUGAUUGAAAACUCGACGGAUUACGGAAUUUAUAUCGUUGACAGAAGAAUGAAGGGUGUGGAUGAUUCAGUCAAUCAAUUGACUAGCUACAUGUUUGAUUUCGCCGGCAAGAGCAGACGUCAACGUAUUAACCAGAGGAAUCGUACCGAACGAUUGAGCGAUCUUCUCGACUGGAAGCGUAUGGGCAUGGAAUAUGUCAAGGCAAGACAACUUGCAUUAAGAAGAGCUUAUCCUGCUUCUUUCGAUGGAGAAGAGGAAGAUGACUUUAUCCCUGGUGUGGAACAAAAGAUCUCACGCCCAUUCUCAGUACCUGGAUCUCCAAGAGAUAGAAGUGGAAUGAUGACACCUGGUGAUUUUGCUAGUCUACAAGAAGGACGUGAGGGAUUGAGCACAGAAGAUUAUGUUGCAUGGAAACUUCCGUAAGUCCCAAAUAUACCUCUGAAAUGAUAUAGUGCUAACAUUUACUAGUGAGGAGGAAGACCCAGAUGAGUAUCCAUUUCCGCUCACCCUUCGAUCAAAGAAAAAUGGUGCACAAAGUCCAUAUGGUGGUGCACAAAGCCCUUCGGAAUAUGCGAUUACAAAUGGAAAUGGGAUGAAAUAAAUAUACCGAAUAAGGAAAAUGGUUAGAAAUGGUGAAUAAAGUAAGGAAAUGGGGGAUUAAGAAGUCGGGAGGCAAGCUAUGAAGAUGAUAAAUAAUCAUGUACCAAAAUGUCUAUACUCCUUUUCUAUUUGCAUUUCUGCGUCGUUGCUUGCAAUUGUAUAUUCAAUACCCUCUUCGUUCUGAACGUUGGUGGCUUUAUUUAUGCAUGGAAAUUAGGUUGCGGGUAAAUUAGUGCGUUUAUUAGUUUUCUAUUGGAUUUUGGCAUUAUGGAGAAUGUAGAAGAUUGAUGGAUGGAUGAAAGAAUGAUCUCUUUAAUGAUCAUGAAAAGACAAUAUAUAUGAUGGAGGAAAAAGGUUGUAAUUGUUAAGAAAAAGCAUAGUUAUUUUU